AUUCACGUCCCAGAAAAAGAAUGCCGUGUUUCGUCUUAUUCCAGUACUCUCCAACGUAUUCAAGCCUCUCAUUUCAUGCAUAUUAAAUGCUCGACGAAAUGCCAAGCAGAGCAGAGAUCGCGCCGAGAGCUAGCCUCCUCUCUCCCUGCUUUGCUUGUUUGAUCCCCUGAUUCUUUGCCGGAAAGUGUUUGCUGACGGUCAUCUAAGCGCUGAAUCGUUAGAUUUUGCUGUUUCAUCUUUGGCUGAUAUUCAAUAUCAAGAUGGUUAAUUUUGGAAAGAGAUUGCAGGCAGAUCAAGUUCCAGAAUGGAAAGGGUACUAUAUCAACUAUAAGUUGAUGAAGAAGAGAGUAAAGCAGUAUGCUCAACAGAGCCGCAUAGAUGAAAGAGAUCGUCGCCAAGUUCUUAAAGACUUCUCAAGGAUGCUUGAUGAACAGAUUGAGAAGAUUGUCCUUUUCUUACUGGAACAACAAGGGAUUCUUGCUAGUAGGCUUGAAAAUUUGGGUAAGGAGCGUGCUCUUCUUGCAGAGCAGCCAGACAUUUCCAAAAUAUCUGAACUGCGAGAAGCUUAUAGAGCAGUGGGGCAUGAUCUUCUGAAGUUGCUGAAGUUUGUUGAUAUGAAUGCUACUGGCAUCCGCAAGAUACUUAAGAAGUUUGACAAACGCUUUGGCUAUAAAUUCACAGAUUACUAUGUUUCUACUCGAUCUAAUCACCCUUAUUCCCAGCUACAGCAGGUCUUCAAGCAUGUGGGUAUAGGAGCUGUUGUGGGAGCCUUAUCUCGCAAUCUUGCUGAUCUUCAAGACCGUCAAGGAAGUUACUUGUCCAUUUAUGAUCAACCAUCUCUUGCUCUAAAGGACCCUGUUAUUGAUUUAAUUAAUUCUUCUGUGGACAAGCUUACACAUUCAACUAAUUUUCUUGAGUUUCUUGGACAAGGUGCUCUUAUUAUCCAAGAAGAUACACCUACUGAAGAUCAUGUUGAUGAUGAAAGAUACCAUUUCAUGUCCCUUCUCUUGAACUUAGUCAACACUUUCCUUUACAUGGUGAAUACAUAUAUUAUUGUUCCAACAGCAGAUGACUACGCAUUGAGCCUUGGAGCUGCUGCAACUGUUUGUGGCGUGAUUAUUGGGUCAAUGGCUGUUGCUCAAGUGUUUUCUUCAGUUUAUUUUAGCGCGUGGUCAAAUAAAUCUUACUUCAGACCCCUGGUAUUCAGCAGCAUCAUGCUCUUUUUGGGCAAUGUGUUAUAUGCCCUGGCUUAUGACCUGAAUUCCUUAGCAGUUCUUCUUAUUGGCCGUCUUUUAUGUGGGUUAGGCUCUGCAAGGGCUGUGAACCGGCGAUAUAUCAGUGACUGUGUACCUGCUAAAAUUCGCAUGCAAGCUUCUGCAGGUUUUGUUAGUGCCAGUGCUCUCGGAAUGGCUUGCGGUCCUGCUCUUGCUGGCUUGCUUCAAACUAGGUUUAAAAUCUACUCCCUGACUUUCAGUCAAAGUACCCUACCUGGCUGGGUUAUGGCUCUUGCUUGGCUUGCAUACUUAAUUUGGUUAUGGAUUUCAUUCAAAGAGCCCGUUCGUGACUUUGGAAAGAACCACAACACUCAGGAUGCUGAUGCUGGACGCGUUGAAGGACUGGAAGAUGGUAUCCGGCAUCCUUUGCUAACUUCAGAAGUUGAGAAAGAUGAAGAAGCUGACCAAGAGUUUGAUGAAAGUGAAGAAUCUUCUGAAGACUCUCAUAAACCUGCGAAUUCAAUUUCCUCAGCAUAUAGAUUGCUUACACCGUCUGUGAAGGUCCAAUUAUUAAUCUAUUUCAUGCUGAAAUAUGCCAUGGAGAUUUUGCUGUCUGAAUCAAGUGUCAUCACAACAUUCUACUUUAGUUGGUCAACUAGCUCAGUGGCUAUAUUUCUAGCAAUUCUUGGUCUGACGGUUCUUCCAGUUAAUGCUAUAGUCGGAAGCUAUAUUACCAACUUGUUUGAGGACAGGCAAAUAUUACUUGCAUCAGAAGUCAUGCUAUUGAUUGGUAUAGUUUUUAGCUUCCGGGUGACAAGCCCUUACUCCGUACCACAAUAUGUUACUUCUGCACUUAUCACAUUUGUAUCUGCUGAAGUUCUUGAAGGUGUCAAUCUAUCUCUUCUCUCUCGAGUUAUGUCAUCAAGGCUUGCACGAGGAACCUUCAAUGGCGGUUUGUUAUCGACAGAAGCUGGUACAUUAGCUCGAGUGGUGGCCGAUGGCACAAUAACUUUGGCGGGUUAUUUCGGUGAAGAGAAGCUUCUCAACAUCACCCUAAUCCCUUCCCUUCUAUUCUGCAUACUUUCCCUUGCUGCAACCUUGCUUACAUUCAAUACUCUGUUCUAAUUGUUCAGCUCCAGCAUAUAUUUUUUUUUCUCAUUGAUUUGCUUGUACAGUAGAAAAAUAAGCAUAAAUUUUGCUUGUAUUUGUUUGACAGUCCUUCUAUUGACUGUCAUAUUCAUUCAUGAUGAUAUUGUGCAGAAUGUUAUGUUAGUAUUUGCUUUGAGAACUUGAUAUUCUUGGAAUGUAGCAAUUGUUUUGUGGUUUUGGCAUUAAUAAUAUCAAGGGGAUUGAUUAA